AUGGGGUCAGAUAAAUGCGGGUUAGUUAUACCUGGCAAGGUCGAGGAGGGAUCGAGGGCACGGUCGUGGUUGAAUCAAGCUGCCAUUGACUUGGUGGCUGCAAGGACGAACGCCGGAGGUAUUGGCUCUGUUCUCAUUGAUGCUCUGCAAAUGUUGAAGAAUUUCUUGAUCUGGGUAAAGGAGGAUCUUGGGCAAUGGGGUCCUGUAAUGAUAAUUGCGGUAAACAAUGGUUAUUUACUUCAAUGCUGUUUAUUGAACUUCAUUUGUGUGCAUCGAAACUUGUAUUUCUUGGCAUUUGCCUACAUUCCUCUCACAGUCCUUGCUGUACCUGCUGCAGUUCUUACCCUUGGGGAAGGUUAUCUGUUCGGGCUGCCUGUGGGUUUUAUUGCUGAUUCAAUUGGUUCUAUGCUAGGCGCUACGGUUGCUUUCAUUUUUUGCAGAACAAUUGGAAGAUCAUAUGUAAUCUCCAAGCUUAGAAAUUACUCUAAGUUCCUAGCAGUUGCUAUCGCAAGUGAGAGAUCUGGGUUCAAGAUAGUUUUUCUGCUUCGACUUGUUCCUUUAUUGCCAUUCAACAUGUUGAAUUACCUCCUUUCGGUGACUUCGGUCCGUUUGGAGGAGUACGUUUUGGCAUCCUGGUUGGGAUUGAUGCCAAUUACAUUUGGGAUGGUGUAUGUUGGAACAACUCUAAAGGACCUUUCAGAUGUAACAUACGGAUGGGAUGGAGUUUCCCCAAGUCAUCAGGUUAUUAUGGCGUUCGGCUUCAUUAUAUCCGGUAAGCUCGCACCGCCUCUAGUUUUUACCUUGCUUAGAAAUUUAACAUGAAGAACAACGG